UUGCUCGUCGACCACCUCGACCUGAAGAACUCGAAUCAGCACUAUGGUCGACCCCAUGACGCUCGUUGUCGGAGGCGGCACCUUUCUCCUGGCGUGUCUCAUUUCUUGUUACACAGUGCUCGUUUACCUCUCGCCCUCGCUAGUCGUUCCCGACCCAAAGGACAAACGCUACCGCUCGCGUACAAACCCCGACAAGUUCCUCCUCCUGCCGUCCGUGCACGACCCGCCUGAGGUCGACCUGACUGUUGUCGUCCCCGCAUACAAUGAGACAAAACGUAUGCCCGUAAUGCUCGAUGCUGUUCUUGAGCACUUCAAGACCUCACCGGCCCCUGCGAAGACUUUCGAGAUCCUCGUUGUCGAUGACGGCUCGAGUGACGGCACCGCGGACCUUGCACUCAACUUUGCGAAGGAGCACUCCAACUUGGACAUGCGCGUCGUAACGCUGAGCAAGAACCAGGGGAAGGGCGGUGCAGUGCGGCACGGGAUGAUGCACGCGCGCGGACGGAGGAUCAUCUUUGCGGAUGCCGACGGCGCGAGCAAGUUUGCGGACGUAGAGCUUCUGUGGAAGGCGAUGGACGAGCUUGGUGACGUGAACGGCAACAAGCCCGCUGUCGCGAUCGGCAGUCGGGCACACCUGGUCAAAACAGAAGCUGUCGUAAAGCGCUCGCUCCUGCGGAACAUCCUCAUGUAUGGCCUGCACACGAUCUUACGGCUCGUCGGCGUCGGACACAUCCGCGACACGCAAUGUGGUUUCAAGCUCUUCUCGCGGCCCGCGGCGCGGCUCAUAUUCCCGUACCAACACCUCACGACGUGGAUCUUCGACGUCGAGGUCCUUCUUCUCGCGAAGCAGCUCGCGAUCGCCGUCGCCGAGGUGCCCAUCGAGUGGCACGAGGUUUCAGGCAGCAAGUUGAACGUCGUUACCGACAGCCUGCAGAUGCUCCGGGACCUGCUCGUGCUGCGCGCGAAUGUACUCAUAGGACGCUGGAAGGCUCCGCCCGCGAAUGGAAAGUAGAAAUACGCUUAGGCAUGGAUUCUUAGAAUCAUUAUUAUUGUUAUGAAACUCAUUGCCUCUACACUC